AUGGCCUCAAACUCGUCCCCGGAUUCCCUUCGUCCGACGUCGCCAACAUCCCCACCACCGCCCAUCGACCUCCGCCAUAUGACCUCAAAUCCAGGCCUCAGCUCGCCAACGAGGGAUGUACGACACGGGAACAAGUCGCAGCAUCUACGGACGGCGGAUGCUCGACUAGGAUCUCCAAAUUCGAUUCCAUCGUCACCUACCUCCGUCCGUUCCUCAUCUUCCGCCAUCUUUGAGCGCGAUAUCGAACCCAUCGUGCUACCAUCACCUCAAAAUACUCUCCAUCACCCGCCAAACCCGCACCGAGUCCCCAGAGCGAAGAGCUCCGAGCAGCUCGAGCAAUCCGUGCCGUCUGUCCUCGAUAGCGCAGCAUCUAUCCUCGCCAACACCGAACCCGACGAUCUCGCACAAGAUGUGGCAGUAGUUUCGCCAGCUGCGUCGGUGUUUGAGUCGAUGGUCGGAAGGACGAGCGGGUUCGCGAGCCCCAUCGGUAGCUUCAGAAGCCGCAGCCCGAGUCCGAUAGGCUCGAGGGUUACCUCGGGGCAGACCCGGGCGGACGUUGUCCUCAAUCUCCCAGUUUCGUCACAAUCUCCCAUCGCAUCCCCGACGUCGGUCUUAGGGCUCCACAACCUCCCACCGCCUCCUGCAGUUGCAUCGCCACAAGCACCGUCUUCUGCAGCAUCCUCGCCAGGAUCGGCAAGGCCGACGAUCCAGACGAGCAAUACGCAGCUGACAAUUACACAGGUUUCGGCCAGCAACAGCUCGAGCGGCAGGGUCUCAGCAACAACACCUUCGAUCGUCACUCCGACGUCCGCGUACUACUCCGUGGAGGAGGAUGGGGCGCCUAUGAAUACUACCGCCGAGCAGCCUCCGCCCAGUGCCCUCACAUCGCCCGCCCAAGCAUCGCCUUCAUCUUCUGCACGGAACGUCUCGCCUUUACAGCCAACUCUCCCACUCUCCCCAUCAACAGCCUCACACCCACCCUCGCCCAUCCACGUUGCCAAGAAGCGGCUAUCCUUCAUGUCCUACUCUGACCUUCUCUCCUCAACCCCAUCGUCAACACAAACUCUCUCUUCUUUGACCACGUGUGCCUCGUCAUCAGAGCCACCACCGCACAUCCCUAGCGUCAGCGGCCUGAACGUGGCUAACGCCCUUGCAAACGCAGCCAACGGAAGCGUUAGCGGCGGAAGCAGAGCUCCAAGUCUUCGUGGUGCCACUGGAGGGCUUACACAUCCAGGAAAGAGGGAGUCAAUCGCGCUGCUGGACAACGUUGGAGGCGAGUGGGAGAGAGAAGGCUUCGGGAUGGGCCUGGAGGAGAGGCUGGAGGCGCUGUUGAUCCCGCCUCCGGGUGGGUCGAACUCGACGACGGGUUCGGUGGCGGGUGUUCCGGUCGUGCAGGUGCCGCAACCGCAGGUCGUUGGCGGGAAGGCUUGA